AUGGCUCUCUUUACCAAGCUUCUGGAGCUCGGUGACGAUGGCAUGGAUGCAUUCCAAAUUCUUUUCAUACGAAUGGCGGUAACGACUGUCUGGUGUACAGCAAUAUUGUGCUGGGAAGGGAAACCCAACUCUCUGUUGGGGCCUAAGGAAGUGAGAGGGCUGUUGCUGUUGAGGGGAAUCUCAGGUUUCUUUGGCAUCGUCGGCAUAUGGUCCGCCAUCAAGUUCCUCAGCCUCGCAGACGCAUCUGUGGUUACUUUCCUCACACCCUCGAUUGUGGGUUUCUAUUCCGCCAUCUUUCUCCGCCAGCCUUACACUCGCAAGGAACAACUGGCAUCCCUAAUAGCUUUGGCGGGUGUCGUUUUCAUUGCUCGGCCUUCCUUCUUGUUCGGCAAUUUAUCGCACAACGAUCCUUCAACGCCGCCCACGGUCAUCAUAUCGCCAGUUUCAGACGUAGUAGGUGGCGAGCACACGACUGCACCACAAUCUGCAGAGGAAAAUGCAAACGCAGCUAAUCGUUUGACGGGGAUAUUGCUUGCACUUUUGAGCGCUUUUGGCGGUGCUGGCGCAUUUAUAGCCAUCAGAGCCAUUGGUGACAGAUGCCAGGUGCUUACGACGACGAACUUCUUUGCUGCCUGCUGUACUUUUAUCAGCGCAACAGCUCUUGCCGUCGCUCCUGUGAUCGGAUACGACCAGCCUCAUAUACGCUUCGGACUUCCGCAUGACGCGAGGCAGUGGAUUCUGGUGUCGAUGAUCACAGUGUGCGGCUUCCUGGCCCAGUGGUUCCUUACAGCAGGCCUGGGCAGCGAGCAAAGGUCAAACAAAGCGCCGGCCAUGGUGUACACAGGAAUGCUAUGGACUACGGGUUUCGACCGCUUCAUUCUUGGACAAAAUAUGCACCUGUCAAGUCUUCUUGGAUGUGCUCUGAUAGUGGGAAGUGCUGUAUGGGUUGUCGCGAUGCCCAAGCCUGAGACCAAGCAGAGGGAAGUUAGUGAUGUAGAGAGCUAUGCAGGCACAAGGCCGCGCGUGGCCGAGGAGAUAGAGGAAGAACAGGUGCAGGACGAGUCAGUCCAGAUGCGAAUUCUUCGGUAA